AUGAUCUACUUGUUACAAACUAUUAUAGGAAUCCUAGGGAAUUUCUCUCUUAUUUCCUGUUAUCUCUAUCUCUACUUCACAGGAUGCAAGUUUAGGCCCACAGAUUUGAUCAUCAAACACCUGACUGUAGCCAACUGCUUAGUCAUUCUCUCUAGAGGAGUUCCCCAAACCACAAAUGCUUUGGGGAUGAGGCAUUUCCUCAGUGACAUAGGGUGCAAGCUCAUGUUCUAUGUGCACAGAGUGGGCAGGGAUGUGUCCAUUAGCAGCACCUGCAUUUUGAGUAUCUCCCAGGUCAUUAUCAUCAGUCCUAGGAACACUAUGUGGGCCAGGCUCAAAGCAAAAGCUACCAAGCACAUUGGCCACUACAUUUUACUCUUCUGGAUGGUGAACUUGAUACUAAAUGCCAUAGUACCAGCACGUGUGACUUGGAACAGGAGUGACAAAAACAUCACAAGUAAAACUGACCUUAGCUACUGCUAUUCAAUCAAUAGUGACAGAAUCACAAAGUACGCAGCACUGUAUGCAGCACUCGUGUUAUCGCGAGAUAUUUUCUUUGUUGGGCUCAUGUUGUGGGCCAGCAGCUCCAUGAUUGUCACUCUGUGCAGUCACAAGCAGCAGGUCCAAUACAUCCAUGGGAACAGUGUUUCUUCCAAGUCCUCCCCAGAAUCCAGAGCCACCCAAAGCAUCCUUGUCCUUGUGAGCACCUUUGUGACUUUGUUCACUCUCUCCUCCUUCUUUCAUAUUAGAGUAACUGUAUUAAGCAACCCCAGUUUGUGGCUGGUGAACACCUCUGCAGUACUUGCUUCGAGUUUUCCUGCUGUGAGCCCCUACAUUCUCAUGAGCCAGGACUCCAGAGUCCAUAGGCUCUGCUGUGCCUGCACCAGGAAUACACAAAACCCUACACAGCAAGACCAUGCAAAGUAUAGAAAUAUUCACAGAGUUUUUUCUCAAUGUAUCAAAACACAUUAA